GCCCGAGAGAGCCGCGGAGGCUGGCAGCGAGGGCAGGCAGCGGCGGAGCGAGAGCCACGCUUGGGACACCGCUCGCUCGCUCGCUCCGGCCGGAAGAAGAGGCCACUGCGGCGCUGCAGCUGGCGAGGAGAUGGCCGGGGGCGCGGGCGGCGGGGCCAGGGGCUGGCUGGGGGUCGCCCUGGUAAGUAGCGGGGCCGGCAGGCGGGGAAGGGAACGGCGGAGGCGAGUGGAGAGCGGGGACCCGGCGCAGGUCCUGCCGCAGGCGGCGCGCCCGGGCUGGGCAGGGAGAGGCGAAGCUGCUGCCGGUUCAGCUGCGCAGAGUGGGGUGGAGGGAGCCGGGCGGGCGGGCGGGCGGGCGGUGUGCCACACCGCAAAGCAGGGGCGCCUCCCACCCCGAAGAGGACCGCGCCGGCAUCUGGGCGGCUGGAGCAAAGUGGGCGCCUGCCAGCAACUUGGCUGCGGGAGCCUGGCUACGAAACACCGCCCCCCUCCCCAUGCCAACACACCGGCUUUCUCCGGGCCCGGAGGACUCGGCGGAUAGCCCCCUCCCCGGGAGCAACUGCAGCAGCUCGGGGCCCCAGCAGGACAUCCUGGCCACCCGCACCCGCAGUGCCGCUGGGGCUCCCUUGCAAGGAAGAAACUGCUGCUGUCCAAACUGCAGCUCCGUAUCCUCCGACUCCUGAGUGCGGCGGCAGGGCGGGGGGAGGCAACAUUUGCUUCUGCUCUGCUCUGUUGGGACAGCUCCUGUCUCCUCCCCGUUGGAGCUCCAGUCUGCCUGGAAGCCCAUCUCGUCAUCUUUUUUUAAAAAAUCAUUAUUAGUUCUUCUAUUUUUAUUUAAAAUCGUACUGGAAUAGGUAUGUAUUAAACAGUGUAUAGGUUCAAGAUAACACACACCAGUGCCUAAGGAAAAAGAACUUUGAUAAAGGGUGCCUUUAGUUCAAAGCAAAGGAAAACUGGCUCUACUGCCCUCCCAUCUUGUGGUUGUGGGGCAAACCUGCUCCUGCUCCUGCUCUGAGCUCCCUGCUCUUUGACCCAUUGGGACCUGGGAACAGCGAAGUCCCCAGACCUAAGACCAGGCCAUUGGUCAUUAAUUUAGGCACGAUGGCCCUACUCUGAGCCCACUUUCAGAGUCAGCAUCAGAACAUUAAAAAUGCUCCUUGCUGCUGGAUCAAGCCAAGGGGGACCCAUCUAGUUCAGACCACGUUGGCCAACCAGAUGUCUCUUCUGGGAAACCCACAAGCAGGACUGGAGUUUAACUGGUAUUCAGAGGUGGAGGUGGAACAUAGCCACCACCAAGCCUACUGAUGGCCUCUCUAGGGGGAGGUCAACAGGCAGUACCUGACUCCCUGUGCAUUCUGCUCCAAGGCAGCACAAGUCUGUGGGUGGGCAAGUCAAUGGAAACGCAACCCAGAGAUGGCAAAGGUCUUCCAUGCUCCUGGUCAAGUUGAAUGGCCAGUCCAGGUACCAGAGUGUGACCUGUCUUGAAUGGGGUGCUCUUGCAUGUUAGCCAUGCUCCCAGACUUGGUUUUAAACCUGGAUGCUCAGGUGGCUGCUGCAGCUAGGAGUGCUUCUGAGCAAGUUAGGCUGGUGUGCCCAUUGCAUCUGCCCCUUGAAAUGACGGAUCUGGCCAUGUGUCCUUAGUGAUGCCAUGUUUGGACGACUGUAGCGUGCUCAACACGGGAUUGAAACUGCUAAGUGUUUGGCAUGCUGCAGCCAGACUAUUGAUGGGAGGAGCCUGGACUGUGUGCGUUGGCUUCCAGUCAUAGGGAACAGCUGCACUGCCUUCCUGUUCAUUUCUGAGCCCAGUUCAAAAUUAAGUUUUAAAGCCCUGCAUGGCUUAGGCCCAGGUAACUUGAAUAACCUCAGACCCUCCAAGUGUCCCUGUUUUUCAGGGACAUCCCUGAUUUAGAGAAGCCGUCCCAGUUUCUGAUUUGAUCCCGGAAUGUCCCACUUUCCCUUAGGAUAUCCCAGUUUUCAUUGGAGAAAUGUUGGAGGGUAUGGAGUUAUCUGACCCCGAGCCGUCUGAACAGGGGGUAUAGGGUAUAGGGAAAGGUUUUUUUAAAAAAAGUUUAAUGUUUUAUUAUGUUUUCAUAUAUGUUGGAAGCUGCCCAGAGUAGCUGGGGCAACCCAAUAAGAUGUGUGGGGUAUAAAUAGUAAAAUUAUAAUUAUGAAAUGGGACGUCCCUAUUUUCAUCAGAGAAAUGCUGGAAGGUAUGUAACCUGACUCAGCUCUGUUGCCCAGGCAUUUAGUGCAGCACCAACCCAGGCGGAAGGGUUUUUUGGAGGGAGGGGCGGGGCAAGUUUGUCAUGGUCCUUUGAGCAUCCAUCUCCUGCACCACAAAACUGCUCUGUCUUGAAUCUGGUUUAGAGGGCCUGCUUCUGGUAUUGGGCCAUAGAGACAGCUGACGCACAACAACUCGCUCAGCUGCCCAGAGAUGUCCAAGGCAGUCUCAAAAGCCCAGAACGGUGGUCCUGGGUGACUUCAGCAGUCACAUCAAGGAUACCUCUUGCCCUACUUGGGACUUCAUGGCCUCUUUAGCAACCAUGGGGCUGGCCCAAAAUAUCACUGGUUCAAUGCAUAAUGCAAGGCAUACCCUCAGUUGGGUCCAUGUGAGAAAAUGGGUUAUCUGAAGGUAAGGGAUCCUAUUGUCAUGGUCAGACCACUCCCUGGUAAAGUUUGGGCUUAUGGCAUCUGUCUCUCCCUGCAGGGGUGGGGACCUCUUAGAAUGGUUCUUCCACACAGGCUAAUGGAUUCCUGAAUGCUCUGGGGGGGAUUUCCCAGUGGGUAGAGUUGGUUAUUCUAUCAAGACCCUGCUUUCCCUAUGGAACAGUGAAAUGUUACGGGGCAUUGCUAUGAUUACUUCCAAAUAUCUUCUGCGAUCCUGCAGAGCCUUUUGGGCUGUGGGCAAUAAAACAAGCUGGCCAGUUUAGCAACGGCGGGUGCCUCUUAGAGGGUGCCCACUCCGUGAUCAGGAGGAGCAGGGCAUUUACAGCACUGCUGCAUCUCCUGCCUUGUGGAAGGAAUUCCAUCCCUGCUAUUAUCAGGCAAGAGCCAGCUGUAUCAGUCCUGUGAUGCUGGCUCCAAACCUAUUUUUCACACAUGCUUUUUCCGAAAUGUGACCUAGCUAUGCUUACCAUUGAUCAAUAUGAUUUGAGUUUUUUUAAUGGAACUAGAUAGAUAUCCAUGGUUCAUUGUGGUUUUACACAACUUCAGUAUUUUCCUAUGGAAAGUACUGUAUCAUUUGUCUAAUAAAAUAAAUAGCAUUUAAUCCUUGCCUAUGCUGUGAAGAGUAGAUGUUGACUGACUUGGCCACCUCAGAGCUUCACGGUAGGCAAGUGGGGAGUCACUCCAGUUCUUUAGUCUCCCUUGGUCUGCCUUGGUCGCUGUAUGAUUAAUUGCACCACCAUUGUCUGUGGUGUUUUACAGAGUGAGAUUGGCUACCUCCCUGUUUAAACAUUAUCACCAAGUUGCAAAAAAAAAACAACGAAAAAAAAAAGAAUGGAGGGAGAGGGGCCAAGGAAGGGUCACAAUGGAAUGAUCUGAUAUCUGUUUGCUUUACAAAUCUCAGCACUGGGUUUCUUGGGGGAUCCAGAAGGCAGACCUUGCAUCAAUGAGCUGUAGGGACUACGCAUGUGUCCUGUGAUUGUGCCUCUACUAUUUAGGGGCUGGCCCUGGCUCUGAGGCUCCCUAGCUCUUCUGGGGUGGCUCAUGGCCCCAGGAUGACUUGCUACGCUCUUUGAGAGUCUUUCUGGCAGGAGCUGCAGUGAGAUGAUGAGGCCCCAGGAGGCCCCCAUCCAUUCCGUUUGCAGGAGGAGGCCUGGGCAGGUUGUUGCUCCUAAUGGAACUGGUUGCUCAGCAGCCCUUUCCUGGAAGAAGGGAGGCCUCCUGUGGCCCUCCUGGAAACUCUGGAAGCUGCUGGCUUCAGAAAGGCAGCUCACACCAUGCAGGUGGCAGCUGCAGGCUCCUAGCCCUGUCUGGAGAAUAUAGGAAGCUGCCUUUAUACAGACUCAGGCUCUUGGUCCAUCUAGCUCAGUAUUGUGUCUCUCUGCAUUGAGUGGCUCUCCAGGAUUUCAGGCAAAGGAGUCUCUUGGCCCUACCUGGAGAUGCUAGAGAUUAAACCUCAGACCUUUGGUUUGAAGUGCAGUUGCUCUGCCACUGAGAUCUUCCUGAUGCUCCUGAAGGUACCGCUUAAUCCUUGACCCAAGGAGCCCCAAAAUCUGCUUCCUUUUAGCUCCCUUUUACCUUUUUAUCCUUUUGUUUAUUUAAUAGAUUUUCAUACCACCUUUCAUCAUUGACUCCAUUGGUAGGCUGGAGUCAAUGGCUGGCUGGCUACUGCUGCUGCUGGUUAGAAAUGCAGAAAGGAGCUGUCACAAAGUGCUGGUCAUGGCUGGAUUGAAGCCCAAAGUAGUGGAACAGGCCAGGGAAUUGGCAAGGGUCAUUGGUCUGGGUUUCCAGCUCCUGGGCCUGGCCUGGGAUCCUUCUGCAGUCUUCCAGGAGCACCAAGCCAGAUUCAUCUGGAUACAUUCUCUUCUGCAACAGGCAAGCUCCCAACUCUCAGAGCGUUGGCUUGUUCUGCAGCUGCCUUGUUCUCCUGUCAGUUCCCUCAAAGCCAUAGCAAGCGGGCAAAAGCAUUGAGGCCCACUGUGCUGCCAAGGGGAUUCCUGCAGUUAGGGUUAUGAUGCUAUAGGUGGCACCCUUCCUUUGGGCUCCUUGCACUGAGCUCUGAGGGCGGAAGAGCCUUUGUAGGUGCUGACUUGCUGGUUGGAGUGUGGUGAGAUACUUCAGAGGGUAGUUGCUCUGUUGGCCCCCAAAGAGCACACAGUUGUACAGCCAGAGGGUUUGCAGGACAAUUAUUUGGCUCGGGCCACAGGACCUCUUCAAAUCUAUAGUCUUGCUGGGCUGGCCUCUGGUCUGUUCUUGGACAAAGGGAGUCCACUUUUCCAGGCUCUGUGAGGAGGCAAGCUGGAUAGAGAGCACUCCAGCACGGAGGCUGAGGCACGUGCAGCAGAGGAUGUGAUGGCGCACAGCUUAGCAACUGCAUCAAUCCCAGUUCCUGAUACUUGUUCGCACUGAAGAUCUGGGGACUCUGGAAUCUCUUAAUCAGCUGGGCCCCUCUUGAGUGGGUGCCCAGGACCAAAGCUGUGGGGGAACUAGCGAGAGAGAACCUUAUGCGUUCCCUUUGCUUCCUUUCUCUCUCUGCUUUGUUAAUAUAUAUGAGAAGAUGCGGGGAGAGAGAGAUGCAAGUUGCCUGAUGCAGCAGCUCUGAAGCUGGCAGUCUGAAGGUCAUCUGUCAGCUGCAGCACCAAAGGCAAAGCUAUCUUCCAAAGAGACUAGGCUGCCCAGAUAUCUUUGGUGGGGACAAACAGCACAUAAGAGAUGGAGCCUGUUUGGCUGGGCUAACUAGCAAAUACUGAGGGCAGGUAGCAUGCAGGUGUGCAAAAAACUCUGAGAUAGGGUUUUUUUUUUGGGGGGGGGUAGAUGUCUUCAGGAGCAUCUUGCACUUUCAUGCUCCCAUUUCCACAUCUUUUACAGAGGUGGAUCUCAUUUCUGGGUAUCCACAAGACAGGAUGCUCAGAUUCUCCAAUCCUUUACCUUGUGUAAUCUUAAGCAACAGUCACUGAUUUCCCCAUAUGUGACAACUGCAGAUCCCCCUUGCAGGCCUAUCAAGAGAUGGACAGAGCUGUGCUCAUUUUACAGAGCUUAGAAGAAGCUCCUGAUGUAGGAGGACAGGCUAAGGAUGAGCCAUGCUCGCUCCUCUGCAGAGGACCCCUGGUGAAGGGAAGGGCUGUAGCUCAGGAGCAGAGCCCCUGCUUUGCAUGCAGAAGGCUCAAGGCUCAAUCUCCAAUGGCCUCUCCAGGUAGGGAAGACCCCUGCCUGAAACCCUGGAGAACCCUGGGCAUCUGGUUGGCCACUGUGAGGACAGGAUGCUGGGCUAGAUGAGCCAUUGGGAUGAUGAUUCAUAGAAUUGCAGAGUUGGAAGGGACCCUGGAGAGCCAUUGAAUCCAGCCCCCAGCAAUGCAGGAAUCAUCAGGCUCUUCUUGCAUUCUCAUGCUGUGUGGUGUGACCCCUCUCUUGAAGGUUCUAAAUUAGGGCCCCAAAGAAGGAUUGCAACCUUUUCAAUGAGAAUGGACCCUGAGCUGACACUGUAUGUUUGGAACUCUUAAGUGCUGGAGGGAAGAAGGGGGGGGGGAAUAGCACUAAGAGGCAGCUUGAAACUUUAAGCAGCCAGCUUUUUAUUUAUCCUAAUAGCGCAUAUGACAGCUUAUAGAGUUAUAGAUUUUGCGGUUUACAAUGCUUUCACUUUGAACACAGCCUAUAGACUGAUUUAACAAUUAUGAGAUUAACACUUCCCUGAAUGUUCCUAAGCAUAUCAUCUUCAACUCUUAAGUCUCUUAAGUAUUUUAGUGGCACCUUUCCCCAGAAGAAUUUGGGUACUUGAGCUGUGAGGGGCAGUCAGGCAGGACUCAGAGGGCAGGUAGCUAAAGGGUCCUUGGCCUAGGUGGAGCUUCUGCCCAUUGGCCUCAGUUCCAGUAUUCUUCAUUAAUGCCAUUUGUUGAACAAGUGUUCAGUCUUCUGGUUGUUUUAGAUAACAUUCCAGUGAACAAGUUUCUAAUGGACAUGUGGCCUUUUUUUUGCCUUGCUGGUCAGCUGUCAACAGGCUUUUUAUUUCUAUUUUCUUAGCAUUCAUACCCUGCCUCUCUUCCAUUAUGGAACCCAUGAGCUGCCCAGGAGGUCACCCAUCCAUGGCACUGACCAGACCCAAACAUGCUUAGCUUCAGCAAGGUGGUGGCCUCAUAUCCCUUCAGAACAUACCCUGGUAUGUCCACAUUUGUUGGAGGGCUGUGAUCAAGUCUUAGGCUUGCAUCUGCCUAGCUUAGGGUGAUCAGCACAUACUUGGCACAAGGGUGUGUUCUUGGCCAAAGAAAAAUAUGUUCUUCAUCUAUGUGUGUGUGUGUGUGUGUUCAUUUUCUUUGUGAAGGAAACAUUACAUCAUUUCAAUGAAAAUCCAGUUCUUCUGGUCAACAUGUUCUUUGUCUAGAAAACAUCUUCUGAGACACUCUGUCAUGUGGCCUCCCUGACUAUUUCGGGUGACUUUAGGCUAGUGUUAAACACCCUCUGUGGUGGCUGUAAACCUCUUCAUUUAAGGCAUGCCAGUUUGUUGUAAGAGACCUGUACAGGUUGAACUCUGUGGUAGCCAGUGCCCCUUGGGCAGGGUGGCCACUUCCUGCCACUAACCCCACCUGUGCUGGCUGCAGAGUCCCGAUUUCACCCAUUUUACCCACUAAUACUGGUGCAUUGGCAAUUGCCAAAUACUGGGUGAAAACUGUUUGGGUGUGUGCAGUUAUCACCAUGGAUGUACUCUAGGUUAGUAUCUGGCAUAAUUCAAUGAUAGACCUCUUGCUUUACAUGCAGAAGGCUGCAGGAGGAAACCCUGGACAUCUGUAGCUAAAAGGAUGGCAGUUAGCAAGUGAUGAAAGAAAUCAUUUUCUGCCUGAGGCCGUAAGAACAUUGAAAGCUGCUUUGUGUUGAGUCAGACCCUUUGGUCUAUCUAGCUCAGUAUUGUUGAAACAACUAGAUGGACAAAUAGCUACUUCCCUAGUAGAAGGCAGCUCCUUCUGCUCACCUGAUGGAGAUGGAUUGAGGACUAAUGAGUAAGUUAAAAUUUAAACUUCUUGUCCCAAACGUGUGGGAGAAAUAUGAGAGUAAACAGGCUGCAACACUUAUUCACUUUUGCAGCUUACUAGAAGCUAGGAAUUAGGCAAUUACACCUUUUAUCCCCAUUUAUUUGUGGUCUGCUGACUUUUCUUUCUUUGUUCCCAUUACUAAGAAUGAACCAUACAUUUUGGCAAGAUGAACAAAAAGGUUUCCUUACAUUUCAGUGCAGGCAGCAAAUACAUCAAUAUUAUAUGCAGUUAAAAAUCAGCUACAAAAUACAAAAUUAGUUUCUAUAAUGGCAUCUGGGCUUUGAGCAGAGCUCAGGCAUGUAUGUCUACUCACAUCACCAGCUUGAAAGAAGAGAGAGAGGUCAGACAGGGAGGAAAUACAUCAGAUUGUCUCCUUUGUUAGAAAUUCCCACCAAAGCAUUAAAGAAAUUACUUCAUAUAGUCCCUUCUAUAUUAAUUCUGGAACUCUAUCCGUGUCAGUUGCUCGUGUGCCCAUCUGGCAAUCAUGCAUUUGUGUUCUUGACUGGAAAUCCCACAUCACAUAUGUCCAUCAUUGGGGAGGGCUUCCUGCUUGGUGGUGAUGGAUGUCAGCUGCUCUGCUUUCCUCUCUGGAGGUGUGUGGAGGAAAAGAGGGCACUUCCAGACAGCCUGUUUACUGAGCAUUCAUUCUGAUUGAUUUGCAGGAAGAUUAGAUGACAUUGGCAAUUUAAUGAGUGCCCAUUCUGAUUUGUUCCUGGGGAGGUUAGAUGACAUUUAUUUCAUCAAAGCAAGUGUUAGCCCAUACUGUCCAAUGCAUCUUCCAAUCAAUUUCCUUAUGGCAAAAAGUCUGAUCUUUGGGGCAAGUGGGUUUCUUGCACAAGAACUCCCAAGCAACUAUAGCAGCGCAGCCUGUACACGCCGCUGUGCUGUUGAAUUUCACCCAAAAACAGCUACAGUCUGGAAGUGCCCAGAGUUCUCCCCAGCAGAACCACAUUACAGUCAACGUGCCUCUGCUUUCUCCUCCUUAGGCCUUCAGCUCUGCUCUGUGACACUUGCCUUGGAGGUUUCGGUGGGCAAGGCGGCCGUUAUCUAUGUAAAGAAUGGCACGGAUGUCCUCUUGCCCUGCACAUUCACCUCUUGCAUCGGAAUCGAGAGAGCCAACUUCUCGUGGAUCAGCAAUAGCACUGAAGUGUGUGGCUUACUACACUUUGCAGGCGAGGGGUUGGAUAGCAAAGUGGAAAGGCAUCAUGAUGAGACUCAUUAAUAGCCAAUGGUGUAACUUUACUGCUUUUAUUAUUUGCUGAUUUGAAGGACACAAAGGCAAAAUACGUGUGUCUUAAUAAGUAAUGAGUGAAGGUCUAAUUCCUUCCAUGUAUAACAGCUCACACACAGAACUGUGACUAUCUGCUGCCCACCCCCUCCUGUCUCAGCCGUGGUCACAAGGGAGGUGGAGAAAGGUCGCUUCCCACCCGGGUAGGUCUCUUAUCCCCAGAGCAUCCUUCUGGAGCUUCCAAACGGAGGCAGUCUCUCCUUGGCAGUUUUGGCUGUCCUGAGAAACUGGCCCCGUUUCAGCUGUGCACUUUGAGCUGAUGUAUAACAUGGAGCAGGGCUCUUGAGUGUGUCUGCCCCGCUCUGUGGAACAGCUUCCCUUUUGAGACAGGACAUCUGCCCAUCUUCUGGAAACCCUGCAAGAUACUUUUGUUCCAGCAGGCUUUCCCAGCUGGGUAAAUGGGUCUUUGUUUUAACUCUUAUUGCUGUUUUUAAGUGUUUCUGCUGGGUUGUUGUUUUUUUAUAUAUCACCUUGAGACACAUGUAUAGAGGGUGAUUAAAUGAUGAUGAUAAUUAAUGCAUCAGGCAGCUCUUUCCCCACCCCAACCCUGACUGUUUGACCCAUCAGGGGAAGCUUCUUCUGGACCACCAGACCCUUUGCUCUUUGGUUUUCCCUUGCUGCAGAUAUUCAAAGGAAUCAUCAAGAACAAAGACUCCAAGCCAGAGCCCUAUCCAGAGUACAGGUCUCUCAUCAAGUACGAGAUGCCAACAGAUAUGGCCCUCAGCAAGGAUAACCGGGAGUUCAACGUCUCCCUCCUGCUCCUCUUUGCAGAGUUCAGUGACUCUGGGAAAUACACUUGCUUUGUUAAGAACCCAAAAGAGAAGAAUGCCAACCAUAGUGCCACCAUCACACUCAAAGUGGUCGUGGAAAGUAAGUACCAGUUGCCACCAGGGCAGCUGUUGGGGGCCACAGGGGACCAGCUGCUCCUUUUGUCCAGGGGUUGUGCUGGGGCUCCUUUCCCAGCCCUGGCAUUGGGUGGCGAGACAAGCUGGGUCUUCCUCACAUGUAUAAGGUGUGGAGGCUGCAUCUCACCCAACAGCUGCCAUAUUGAGGAGGAAGAGAGGGAGAGAAGGGGGUGCUUGAAGCCCCUUCCUUGGCUCAUGGCACAGCCUGGCAUGGAUGUGCAGUCAGGGGGCACCCUACCACCCAGGGCCCCUCUUGCCUCACCCUUCCCUAUCUGCUCCCUUCCCCAGUGGAGAAGAAGGACAACACGCUAACGCUGAUCAUUGUGUCAGUCGUUGGGGGCGUCAUUGGACUCCUGGUCCUCAUCAUGUUGAUCAAGAAACUCGUCCUCUUCAUUCUCAAGAAGACACGGGAGAAGUGAGUGUGGUUGGUUUCCCAUUCCCUGCCCACUUCCCCUUGGGAGCAGAGACUGGGUCUCCUGAGAGGCUCCCUUUCACCAGAGGGGCUGGAAGGCCCUGAGCAUAGUGGGGCCCAGUAUGGCACACAGCAUGUGGGCUCCAGCACGGUGUAGGCAACUUGUGUGGUUUCUUUCUUUGGAGUAUCACUGGGGUGAAGGGAUUCCUUGCCUUCCUGGAGGCCAUCUCGUCCCUGUCCCACCCUGGGCUGCUGUUGCAAGCCCUGUUGAGCCCCAGACCUCCUGAGAGUGGUUUAUGUCUCUGGGAGGCCUGCUUGCUGAAUGGGAAGACUUCCCCACCUUGGGGCUGCCAUUGCAUAGAAGAAGGGUGAAGCAGGCUGUGGUGGUGGUGGUGCUGGUGGUGGAGAGGAUGCGCUGCUGGGAGCAGUGAUAGUUAGCCUCUUUCUUGUUCUCCGCAGAGAGUGUCUUGUGACUUCUUCAGCAAAUGACAACACAGAGAAUGGGCUAGCCGGCUCCAAAACAGAACAGAAAUCCGCCCCAAAGGCCUGAGGCCGCUGUGGAACUGGUGACCUGUGAGGCCCUGAAAUCCAGGCCCAGGAAGAAGAGGAGGAGAGUCGACCAUUUCCAAAUGAUUGAUGCUUGAGACACAUGACUAUAUUACACAGUUGGCUGCAACCAGCACUGCUUCUCAGAUAAGACUGCAGGCAUUGGACAGGCAGGCCGGGGGGAGGAGGGGCUGUGUGCUCAGGUAGUUCUUAAGCCACCAGGAGGAUGCUGCCAGAUGGGAUUUGGUAGGUGUGAGCUUGGGCAUCUUCAGUGCAAGAGCCUGGGCUGGCAGGUGGGCGUGGUGCCCGGGACUUGGUUCUCAUCCUGGGCAGAGGGCAACCAGCUGAUACAGAUGGGCUGUGAUCCAGGGGAAAUGCUUGGCGCCCUCUUCCCUGCCAGCCUCUCACAGGAGCUGAGGCUCAAUUCUAAAGGAUGGGAGGGCCAACACUGCUGGGACAGAACUUGCACAGGUAAUAGGAGUUUGAAGCACCCCUGGGAGCCAGGCGCCAUUUUGCUUGUACCGCUGCUGGACUUUGUCAUCUUUCCUGUAUCCUGGAGUGGGUGGGAGAGUGGAUGAGCUGCAAAUUGAACCUGGAGCCUGCUGCUCUGUCACCACUACUGCCCACCCACCCACCCUUCACCCCCCACAACAGCUUCACAAUAUUUUUUGUUUGUUUUGUUUAAAGCUUGUGUGAUUGUGAGGCUGAGGGGGAUAGAAGAAGCAGCCUGGCUCUCACUGCUCAUGCUGCACCCCUCUGAGGUUGGGGUUCCUGAAGUGGCGCUCCCCACCUGCAGACCCCAGGGCUCUUGCAACACCCAGCAUGGUGGUUCCCUUGCUCUGCUCUCAGCUGUUCACUGUAGUGAGGAAUGGCACCUUUUCCUAGGCAGCCUCUUUCCAACACAAUUGGUGAGCCUGGGGCUCCUGAAGUCACAGUCCUGGUCCCAGCUUACUUGCAUUGGUUCCUUCUCCUGAUCUCCUGGUGAGAGAGGAGAUGGAGAGAGCCAGGAGAUUUGCUUUUUGUUUCAGGCCUUUGGACCACCUUGGAGCUGUCAAGGCCUUAAGUGUGAAGCAAGCCAAUUCCCUGGCACUCCCCUCUCCUCCUAGCUGGCCUGCCUCUUUGCCCUACAUCCCUCCCCCUCUCCUGGGCUUCCUGCUGGGAGAAGAGGAAGGGAGUCUCUUCUGUCUGGCCACGGUCAGGAGCAACUCUGAUGGGAACCUUGCAAGGCUUGCAUCCAUCUGCAGGUUACAUUGUCUUGCCAGGAUCAUGACCAAAACACUUGAUCCAAAAGGCCUUGUCUCCUCUGCUACCCAGCAGCUCUAAAGCCCCCAUUGCAGGAAGCUCCCCUCUCCCAGGGCAGCUUGGUCCCUCUUUGCUGGCAAAGGGUGGAGGGAGGCCUGGAACCCCUAACCCCCGACAUCACCCGUUCUGUAUUUUAUUUAUUGGUCAUUUGCAUUUAUAUUCCAUCUUUUUCUCCAAGGAGCUCAACGUGGUAUGUACGGUUUUCCUGCUCCUCAUUUAAUCCCCAUAAGUACCCUGUGAAGGUAGGAUGAAAGGAAUUCAAUGACCAGAGGAUUUUAACCCUGGUCUCCUAGGUCCUCAUCAGACACUCUAACCACCACUAUUAUUAUUAUUAUUAUUAUUAUUAUUAUUUAUAUACCGCCCUAAACCCAGAGGUCUCACUCUACCACACUGGCUUGCUAGAGCCACUAAUAUCUCCUCUGUGAUAAUAUAUAUAUAUAUAUCCCUGUAGCCAGGCCAAAUGGGGAUCCUACAAAAUGACACAGAUAGAGAAGCAUGGCAACCUCACAGCUGCAUCCCCAUUGUUGUGUGUUUGGUUCAGUUGGGCAUUUUCAGAAUUUGGAACGUUGUCUUCCCCUGUUUAAACUGGGGGAAGAAAUCAAAGCUUGGCACUCUGUAGGAUAGUGGACCCAGAUCCAUGCUGAUUUUGAGCUUACGGCAGAAAUUUACAGGCUUUUUUUUGUUUACCAUGAGGACUAACAUCAAUAACACUAAUAACUAAUAAUAAUGAAAGCUAUGCGUUUGCAAAUCCUGCACAAGGUUGUCCUGCAACCCACAAGAGGCCACCUCCUCCGCAUUGUGGUCUGGGUGAAUUUGGCUAAGGGCAGUGUCCAAAUCUCCUGAUCUCCCAAGGGCUUGGGGAGGAGGGAGGCAGUUCUGGGUGGUGCUCCCCACUCCCCUUUCUCAUUGAAGAGAUACAUUUCCUGUGUGUGACAGAACAGUGGCCGAGCAGAUGCCAUUUCUUCUGGGGAGUAGGAGAAAUGGCCAGCUCCUACCACAGCAGAGUUCUCUCUCUCGCUUUUUGGGUGCCUUUGAAAUAGUCACAUCCUUCAUCCGUGCCUCAGUCUCCCAUAUGAUGUGUAAUAAUAUCAACCUACCCUGUGUGGUGGUGGUGUAAGGAGGCUUGAUUCAUGACUGUUGUCAGAUGCUUUGUAAGUGUGUGUGUGUGUGUUAUUAGGGUGAGAGGAAGGCCGGCAAAGUGAGUGCAAGAAUUUUAGCAGCUGUGGCAGCAAACAUGGAUGGCCUCAGCUCUCUCAAGUGACUUCCUGGCUGUGACUGGCUUCCUGGCUCUUUCCCCCACACCCCACCAGCUUUGGAAAGACGCCAUCCCCCCAUUUCUGGAUCCUGCUGUGAUUUCUGCUCCUAUGUCUGCUUUCUUUCCUCCUCCCCCCUGACCCCUAUCCCCAAUACAAGGAGGUGUGAACAGCAAUAACAGUGCAACCCAGCCUGAGCCAGCAGCAGCAGCCGGCAGGGCGGGCUGGCGUUGGACAAAUUAACCAGAUUCCUCAGGUUAAUGAAUUCUCUUCACUGGGUGUAACAGCAAAUCCAAAGAAAAAGAAACUAUCACCCGCCUCCACCUGCACUCCUCUGAACCAUCUGCCUAAGCAGGCGGGCGGAGGUGGGUGAAGUCACAGUCUGCGAAAUUAUUUGGCAAUAAUUUCAGAAGGUGGGAUCCUGGAAGGGCCAAGGAAGGGCUCCAGUUCAGAGCCAGGCUUGCAGGCAGAGCUCCCAUGGGAGUCCCGGAGCAGCCCAGCAGGGGGCACCAGCUGCUUAGGGUGGAGGAAGAAGUUGAGGGGCAGCACUGGCCAGGGAACCUCCUGUCCAGGAAGACUUCCGGGCUGGGCUAACACUGAGGCCCCUCCCAUGUUCCUCCCAGCUCUGCUUUUAUUUCAAGCUGAGCCUUUGUCCCAGGGCAGGGGCAAGUUGCCACCAGGAGCAGUGGCCAGCUAGACUCUGGUGCAACUGUGAGAGUAGCUGGUGGGACAUUGGUCCUGUGCUGGCUCUUGGGAGGCCUGUUCAUCUCCCCUGGUGGCUCUUCCCCUGGCAGUAGGACCCUGAGGUUGACCCUGCCUGCAGCUUUCCUCAAGGCCCUGCCUUCCUCACCAAGGGCUUUCCAUCACCAAGCUGUCUUGCGCUGAUGCGUGCCCCCUCGCCCCCGGCCGCCUUGUUCCCUCUGCAAAUACAAGAGACUAUCUGAGCAGAGCUCUUUAUCCCUCCUGGUCCAGCUGCUUCUGCCACAAGGCCUCCCCACUCUGCCCUCCUUCCCUUUCCAAAGAGGCUGGCAGCCUCUGCUGGAGCAAGCCCGGCGCUGCCUGCAUGCGCUCACGCCAGGAGGAGGAGGCGGCAGGCUAGCAUAGAGGCUGGGCCAAGCACAGGUGCACCUUCGGCAACCGGUGUUGCCUUUGAGACUUCUCUUUUGCACUCUCGAGCUGUAAUUGGCUUCAUUGCCGUGAAUGAAAUAAAACCUUUAUAUUUACUACAGAG